AAGCUCUCAUCUGAUUAAUGUGUGUGUUCCGGGGAACCCUGAAGUUGGCACGGUAAUAAGCAUUAUAAGGCGGUCUGCCGGAGCUCAGUCCGUGGGAGGGGUCUGCCAAACCUUUCCCUCUAAUUGACCAGGGAGCAGAAGCAGCCGGGGAUGCGAGCAGCCACAGACGGGGAGAGAGGUACUCAGCCAACCGCAUUUUGUUGCUAAAUAACCGAUCAAUGAAUCACAUUAGGUGGAGUUAGAUUCAUUAGCGUGUCGCAUGGUUACUAAGUGUUUUGCAGCAGCGAUUUGAGAGCUUGCAAAAGCCAGAAAAGGCGAAACAUAAAGUGUUACCGAGCAGUGGAAAUGGCAUUAUGGCAUUGUAUAUUGUCAUGGCAAUUAAUUUAAGACUAUUUUAGAUGUACUUUAAAAUGCUUGCUUGAGGUACACCCAGGAAAAGGAUGCGUGUAGAUUCUGCUUGUGCAAUUACUUCAGGCACAGAUAUAAAAGUAGCUUGCAGCGAUAAAGCUUGCACAAUUAUUUCAGGUAGUUUAAAAAUGUUUAUUUUCCUUCUUUAAAUUGCAUGUUUUACUGACAGAGACGGACGCAUGGGCUUGACAAGACGGGAAAGACAGCCCCAUGCUCUAAUGGCUGAUCUCGAACUGUUUUACUUUGAUCACUCCGAUCCGAGAGACACCUCCCUGGUCUUGAAUAAGCAAAGUGUUGUCAACGAGAUCAGCGGCGGGAAGUCACUUCAGGCCGGCGGAGGAGAUGGUUCAGCACCAUGGACAGAGACCAGGAGAGCUGCGCGGCCGGAGGAGGAAACGGAAACAUCUUUCACCUGCAAACACCAAGGUGAUGAUGAAGAUGAUGAUGAUGUCCAGCUGAUAGGGACAAGUCCACAAACCUGCAGACUGAGCCAGAGCUCCUCAAGUGAACUGUACGAGGAGGAGGACAUCCAGGAACUUUACUUGCUGUCCGACGACGACCUUUCCUCUGACGGCUCGGGGAAGUCUGUGGAUUACGGCUUCAUCAUCGCCGUGACAUGCCUGGUGACUGGCAUCUCUUUGGUCGCCAUAUCCUACACGGUCCCCAGGGACGUCCGGGUGGACCCGGACAGCGUGUCCGCCCGGGAGAUGGAGCGGCUGGAGAAGGAGAAAGCCAGGGUGGGGGCCCAUCUGGACCGGUGUGUCAUAGCGGGACUGUGCCUGCUCACCCUCGGGGGCGUGCUGCUCUCCACCCUGCUCAUGAUUUCCAUGUGGAAGGGGGAGAUGAUGAGGAGGAAAGCCUUUGCUUAUUCCAAACACGCAGCAAAGUUGUACGGCUCGAUCAAUUUGAGAGCAGGCUCCAGCCCGACUCGGGAGUCCUGCUCACAUUUGUCAGUGGCUGAUGAGGAUUUAGAAGUGCUGAGCUGAAUUUAUGGACAGGACAAGCGGAAAAGACUCAGAAAAGUGCUUAAGAAAUCCUACGAGGUCUGUCCUUUGAUCGGGGAUGCAGUGGGGGUUUAAUGUUGUUUUGUUUCUAACAGCUGAGGCUACGUUUUUGGUUGAUAUGGACACUCACACUUGCUGUAAUUGAUCCUUUUGUCCAUAGUGGCUCUGAACAGAUCCAGUCAUAAUCUAAUUCCAGUUCAUAAGCACAUGAGGGUUUAGAAGUUGGAUUUGCAGGAGUUCAGACCAAAAACAGACCUGUAAUAAAUCAACACAAGGGGCUUUAUUGGUGAGGGUGAUUUGCUUCAGGUACCAGUUAGACAAUGAAAUACAAUCCAGGAAGUCCAGACUGGGUAACAGAUCAAAGAAUGUGAAGGCUUAUCAGAUACCAAAACCCUGCAGAGAAGUUAUAAUACUCUGAGACAGGACUAUACAACUCUGGAAAGUUAUCAGAGCGGUCAUUAUUUUAUCUUUUGUUGUGCCGUUCCCGAGGUAACAGUUGAAAGUUCACGUGUUCUUUUCAUGCAGGGCUUAAAUCGGUCUGAAUGCAGCCUUUGUCAUAUCUAGUGGGUAUCUUUCAGUCUUUUUAGUACAAACUUUAGUAGCCUAUAUACAGACACCAUCUGGGAAAACAUAAGGAGUGCAUUUUGUACUAAAAAGACUGUAAUUUUGAAAGAUACCAACUUGAUUUCACUAACUCAGACUAUGAAAGCCUAAUACCUUUAGAUAAACUUUGAAAUACGUUAUUUACACAGAAAGAUGACUGUGGAUGUUGUCCCCAAUCACCAACAUUGGAAUAGGCCUCCUCACAGUCAGCAUGGACAAGAGAAACUAUUACAGCAACCAAUAACUCUUUGUAGUACAUAUUAGUAUUGUAUUAAUAUAUUUCAUAUAAGAUUUGAAUCUAUACAUUAAGUUUGAAGUAAACCAUACAUGAUGGUGAGCUGUACAACAUUAUUAUAAGUUUUUUUUAAAGGUAAAACAUGAAAUAUGUUUUUCUGAAAUAUACAUUUUGUUUACAUUGGUUGGUGAUGGUUUGCCUUAUGGUGAUCUCUGACACACCUUUUUGUUUACCAUUGCAUCACUGCUUUUAAUGAUGCUGCUGUUUCAGUGUAUUCGUGUCCACGUGCCAGUGCAGACUUUUGUGUUUGAAGUCCUGUCUGUAGCUGCAAGGGGAAUCAAACCUGAAUCAGGAGCGAUGUCACUGCUACUGCCUUCAUUUUCCACCUUUGUCAGAAACAGUACUUCACUGAAUUGCUACUAACAAAGCUGUGCCGAUGUAGUUUACAAAAAAUAACAAUUGCAUGGAUCCGUGUUGAACUCCAAAGAAAUUCUGUUAAUAUAAUUGUGACAUGCUGAAGAGAUGCUUGUGUUUGCUUGUUGAAACGCAAAUAGUAAUACCACAGCAGGUGUAAUUAGAUUUUGUGGUUGAGUACUGAUGUUGGGGAAGCUCAGUUUACGCCAAAUACACUUGGGGAUUUUGACUGCAGAUGUUCAAAAGCAUAAAGAGAGAGAGAGAGAAUCAACAAACCCCUGGGGGAAAGCUCUCCUGGUAAUUGGUGUUAUACUUAAUUAUUUGUGGGAGGCCUGUGAAUCAAUGAAAAAAAGAGAGCAUUUUAGCAAUUGCCUCAAUCAAACUCGAUUAACUUGCUUAUCAAAAACCAAACCGUUUCAGCUGCAAAACUGGAGUAAAAUGUUACAUUGCAUUCAAGGGGAAGGAAGUAAAUGGAUUGCGUGCUCUGACAGAAGAUUCAGAAGAUGCUGUGAAUGAACAAUUGGAUCUUCUUCUUACGGUGUGCAGGAUGCUGUGCUGUGCAGCCUCUGUAAUUGGAAGUGCUUAAGGCCAGCAGGAUCACAUUAUCCUCCACACCACCUUCGCUCACUCUCUCCUCGUUAAUGUAAUUAAAUAGUCAGAAUCAUCUGACCUCUUAAUGAAAUAUUAAGUUGAUAUCCAAUGCUAAUCUGUCCUUGUUUACUGUCAAGGAAUAACAGUUUACAUGAACAACACAGGUGUCAGGUGUUUUUCUCUGCUUGUAUGAAAGGAAAAGUGAUGUUGUGCUGAAGUGUUGAGAAUUACCCACUUCUCUUCAAUCUGACUCAUCUGCUUCAGUGAUUGAUUUUUUUCGACAGUCAUCAGAGAGACCAGCUGGAAGCUUGUUGCAUUAAGUAUGUGGGAUUGAAGAGGAGUGGUACAGCAUAGUAAAAUCAUGAGAGUAACUAACAUAAAAGUCAGCCUUCUAACCCAAAACUCAACCUGCAAUGCACUCUGGAGGCUACCAUCUGUGGGGAUUCCAGUCUUCCCAGCCCUUGUGGUGCAUUCAUGUACUCCUCAAAUGGUCCCAUUUCCCGAGGUCGGAAGUCGUUCUGUAAUGUAGAAACAACAUGGACACUACAAAGGUGAUGUGUUGUAUUUUAUUGCUCAGAGCUGCACCAGUACAUUCCCGCAAACCACUAAAAUAUUGCUUUACCUGACUUGUUAUUAGGGUUGAUGCUAAUAAAUAACUUUUCUAACUGAUCUAGGUCACCGUCAUCUGAACGGCUACAACCUAAGCAAAAAAAAAAAUUGAUGCAACUGUGAAUAAAUAAAACUUUUUUUUUUACCAUCGACCCAACAUUUACUUUUGUCCGUCACGUUUCUGCGUAAGAUGACAUCAACUCAGCAAGUCAAACCAAUUUUUCGGAUUAUUCCGACACCAAAUGAAUGCAACAUUGUUCAGAUUUCUCCCAGUUCAUGUAAAUUCAAAAAUCAGUCUAGAGAGUAACUCUUACUCUUCCUUUCUAAUGCAUUGACAACGCAACACUUGACAAUUACCGCUGAGGAGUUAGAUAAUUGGAGAUUUGUCUGUAACUAUGGUGGAAAUAUUUAAUUCUGUCAUCACAUUGUCUAUGUUUAUGGGAAUUGGAAAUGGGAAGUCAAAACAAUGGCCCUGGAAAUAAAAUAAUGACUUUUUAACAACAUAAAGUAGCUUUAAGGUCUUGUGCUUAGACUAUUUUGUCAGCUACUGUUUCCAAGUUCAAUAAUCAACUUUUAAUCUUUUUUUAAACAUUUCUAAUUGUAAUGACAAACAAGUCUACAAUGAGAACAAAAAUCCUUAUUUAUAAAAUAAUGGUAGUUUAAAACUCAGCUAAUCUGCUUUGUUGCACCAGCUUUUCAUAAACCCAUCACUAAAUUUGUGUGUAAAGUCUCUUCUAACUAACCCCCUAACCCUAAUCCAAUAGCUGUUAUCAGAUUCAGAUUUUUUUUUAUGUUGUUAAAUUCAAAGUACAAAUACAGACCUUUUCUCAUGUGAAACAACCAUUCUGGGUCUGACUUUGACAGAUAGCAGUGUGUUCAUGUCAGGCCUCAUCGCUUGUUGAUUGAGAAGAAAAAGAUGAGGUGAGGAUGAGAUGGGUUUCAUUACAUUAUUAGUGAGCUAAAGGGCCUGGGACACUGCAGCAGCUUUAAUUGGUGUCUGUUUUUGUUCUGCCAGGGGACCCUCCCAGACACAAAAUGAAACCUGUAAUAAAAAACACAUGCACACACGCACGCGCACGCGCACACACACACACACACACACACACACUGCCGAAGCACCGAACAGAAUCCCACGCGCACAAGCACACCGUGAAUCGCUCGGGCUUUUGCAGAAAUUGUGCUUCUCUUGAAAAAACAUACCCUGUCAGACGGACAGACACACACUCAAACACUCUCUCAGCUGACACACACACACACACACACACACACACACUCAUAGCCAGCGGCACCCACCUCCCCCUCCCCCACCCCUCUUCCGUGAAUGGAGUUAGUCAGAGUAAUCAUUCAGGGCAGCUGGCAGCAGGAAAUGGAAUUGGAUUGCUGAAGGGGUCACUCAGGGUCAAGAGCUUGGGUGUGGUUGUGGACACUGGGGACCAGGAAGAAGAAAAGCCUUCGCGGCGGUGCUUUCCAUCAGCGUCUGGCAGCCACUUAUCAUCAACUGUCAUAACUCAUCACACUGAGCAAGAGAGAGCUGCAGUGCACAGAAAACGUCCAUCACACCGUCUUGGCUUGAUAAAUCAGGAGUAAGAUCAUGCCUCCAGGUCUGAAAUGCCUCUCUUGAACUAUUGCCUUAAGUUUAAUGACUUAGUCAAUAAUGUUUCUUGUUACUCCGAUUGUUGCAUAGCAACGGCAGGCAGUCUCAGUCACAGCUCAGAGAGAGAAGAGACUGCCGAGCAGAGCUUCAGCUAGACGGGAAAAAAGGAGGGGAAGUAGAGGAACAAGUUGGAAAUAAAAUCACCAUCCACAUCAUUUAUCAGCUUUAUGCAUUCAGCUCAGCGGUUUUAAACCCCAAAAUCCUGCACAAACUGACGUCCCCCUUUCAAGCUGUCUUUCAGUUUUCAGAGCUGAAAGCCGUUGAGGCGGAUACAUCUGUAGGCUGCAUUUUAACUUGGCACUCUGGGUGGGGAAGAAAAGUCAACAACCUGGAGGUACUCACUGAUCAGUUUCAGUUUAAAAGCUGAAUCUUUGUUAAACUUGCUACAACCCCUUAGCUCAAUUUACCACUGAGACUGAGAGGAGAUGUGAACUGCCCUGUAUAGGUGCAAGAAUCAUACUCCAGACUCACAUUUAUUAUCUGCUAGUAUCGUCCUUUCCUUUGUUUGUGGUGAUUAAGUGAACCACCUGCUGUAGUUUGAGCUGCGCCCACAUACCCAUGUGCCAUUUUAUUUAUUUUUUUGCUUUUACCAUCGUUGUCCUGGAAGAAAUGCAGAAGGAACACCAUAACCAUAGAAACGGGGUCAGCCUGUUGCCACGGUAGCUCAGUGUAAGGGAGUUAAAGAUGCUCUUCUUUUGAUUUGCCACUGUAAUGGCAGCUGUGGCAGUGUGUGGAAUCUGACACAUUCCCUCUGAUUAUAUGCAGUAAAAAAGAGGCUUCUUGAACUACACGCCUCAUUUGAGCAGACGUGUCAGGUGGUGUCACCGUUUGCCUGCUGUCAAACAUCUUCAGAAAUGUAAGAAAAGGCAGGAAAUACUUCCUCUGCAAACCUGCACUCUGUUUAGAUCAAACAUGAAGCCGGAGUCUGGAUUGCUGAAUAGACGACUUACAACUGCAUUUCACUGUAGCACAGCAUUUUCAGCUAUAGGUUUUUUUUAUACAUACAGACAUACUCGACCUGGGUCAGCACUCUUAAAAAGGAGAAAACUGCACAGAGAGUCACUCACCUUCUUAUCCUUCAUUUUUAUUGUACUCUGAUGUGCUUUUAGUAUUUUAUUGGCUUGGUUGUGUGUCACUCUCCUCUCUAGUUGGGGUGUAGGGUAGAAUUAAAAAGUCUGAUCUUGUGUUAACAUUGUUUUUGUGGUUGUUUGCGU